AUGGUGUUUCUCCGACUUUCAAUUAAAGUGUUCCCGCGGGAGCAGCUGAGCUCGAGCUCGAGCUCCAGCUGGGGCCGGACCUUCCUCGGCGCGCGAAAGACUACCAACGAUGACUCCAGCCAAGGAUCUGCAGUUUCAACGACAUUGAAGAAACCUGGUGUUUUCUUGCUUGUCCUCAAACACCCCGAGGAGGUUUCGCUUGGCGGACUGGCGGGCAUGAUCCAGGAACAUUGGGCCAAGCUGCACCCAGAGCUGGAACCCCUUGCGAUUAAGAAAAUCCUCGAUGAUACGAAGGAGGACCUCGAUCUUUAUCCCGACCUGACCGUUGCUGAUGUCUGGGUUGACUAUGGAAAAGCUCGCACCGAUGGCCUUGACCAGCGUGGCUCCGUUCGCGUUAUUCAAAGGCCUACCACGGCUGCCCCGGAGCGAUUCCCUUCUGUCGACCAGGAUUGGGAUGCUGCUAUUGUUGCCUACGAGCGCAAGCGUGCCAUGAAGGAUAAAAAGGAGGCCAUGGAGGCACAGUUCCCUGCUAUCCAGGAAGAAGAUGAGGACGGCAAUGCCGAAUCGCUGCGCACUCACUCUCGAUCUCUGUCUCAAUCUCACAUCCAAUGGGAGCAUUCGCCUGCAUCGCCUCGACGUACCAAUAAUGACUCUCAUGCCUCAGCUCGGUCACCGGUUGAGCACCGCCAUCGUGAUUUACCUCUUUCUUCUGUUGAAAUUCCUAAUCCCGUUAUCACUUCCCCUCCAGCCAAGUCCAUGGGCCCUACAAUUGCUGGCACGCCGCCUCCCAGGCGCGAGAGCGAGGAGCUCGGAGAGUCUCCAUCACCAGCCGAGCGACGAGCAUCCAGUUCCAGAUCCCAACCUACACCUGUAUCUGUAGCUGCUGGGUCACCGGAACCGCAGCCCAAGUCGCCAAAGCUCGCAAAGCGGCCCAUUGCGAGCAGUACAGCGAAGCGGACAAUUACCCAAAUGCCUGACGAUGCUGAAUCCCCACCUAUUUCGUCUGCGCCCAAUACCCACCAACAGGCGCAGUCCACUGAGGAGACUACCGGGAGCUCAAGUGACGUGGAAGCAGAGUCUGCUUCGCAGCGUAUUGUGAAACUACCAUUCAAGCCUGGCAUGACUAACGGAGUCAACGGACAAAAACAUCUGGCGGCAGUGGCUAAGAGUGUAUCCAAGCCUCCGCAGAAAGAGCAAGCGGAAACGGUUAUCGGGGUCUCCAGUGAGGGGUCCAGCGAAGAGGAGAGUGAAGAGGAAAGCGAUAGUGAGGACGACAAGGUUGAAGCGGAGAAGAAGAACGCCGAGCAGGACAAAAGAGAAGCAGAAGAUCAGGCUGGUUCUGACGACUCUGACGACUCUGAAUCUGAUUCCGAGUCCGACGCCAGCGAAGAAAAUGGUCCCAACGAUGAGCUCAUCACUCCUCGGGUUGAUCACCCUGUUCCGAUGACUGAGGAUGUGGUUGACCUAGACGGCGAUGUUCAGAUGGAAGAGCCUGUGGUAGCUAGGAGCUCACAGUCCUCAGAUCAGCCGGAUCUCUCGAUGUCGAAAACAAACGGUACAACUCUUGAGACUCGAUCUCGCAAGCGGAAGCAGGCCCCCGAAGAGUCCACAUCGGUCAAAGAAGCUCGCCAAGGACAGGCCCAUCCCUCGACUCGUCCAUCGACCCCUCCUCGGUCUGUGCCUGCAGUUGUUAUGCCCUCCGCGCAGGCUCGUCAGUCCAUGUCGAAGUCGCCAGCUGCCCAAACGAGCCCACUGCACAGACGGGUCCGUGCGCCUUCUUUCUCGAGCCCAGCUCGACAAGCCAGCGUCCGGGAGGAGAACGAAGCGCCUCCUAAGCCUCAUCCAUUUGGAAUUGGGCUGGGCAUUACACAGAGCCCUCCUAGCAAGCAGCCUGUCAGGUUGAAUCUUUCGCAAGAAUCUGAUGCAACAUCCACCCAGAAUUCUUUUGGCGGAUCGCUUUUCCCAAGUAGCAACGUGCCUGUUACCAAUUCUUUUACUUCUGUUAACAAACAGACUCCUGUGAUUGACAGAACGAAAAAGCUACACUCCGCCAUCCGUGGCAAGGAUUCUCCGGCAACGGAGAGGCGAUCCGUGUCUUUCGCCGAGGGAGAGAGCCUUGCUUCUAGCUUGGAUGCCGCCCCACGCUCUACUCCGCGCAAUACUGCGAUUAGCAAACCCGCCCCUACCACCAACGCUACCCAGGGGACGCCUUCGAGCACAACCCCAGGAAAGGCCACGCCGAAGAACAAGUCCGCUGUCAAACCUACCCCAGGAACACCCUCAACCUCCACUUCUAGCAAAACCACGCCUAAGACCAGGGUCAAUAACCAAACACCCAAAUCUACAUCCGAACGUGCCCAGGCACCACCAUCCAGUUGUGACGUGAUCUACCCGCCCGGCUUUGAUAUCGACCAGUUGACUCAGCAAGUUGAGAUCGAGAAGAAGGCGAAAGCGCAGGCUAAGGCGGACGAGAAAGUACAAAAGGAGAAGGAAAGCGCGGAGAGGACAGAGAUCGAGCGCAAGCUUGGGGAAACCCAUGACAACCCCCAGCUUGGCCUCGUUUUAACUGAGAUGCAGAAUCUCUUGAAGAAAUUGGCCAAUUCCAGGCUCGAUAUGGCCAAGCGAAAGCAGCACCGCGCUCGGCUUGAGGUCUUGCGUGAGGACCUGAAAGCCUGUGAACAGAGACUGGAAGCGCAAAAGUCCACACCUCGGCAACCUGUCGCAAAAAAGCCAAAUGUAACCCUCAAGGACAUGCUGAGCAGCCAAAAGCAGGAAAUGGCUGCUAAGCUGCGACCCGAGCCCAAGUCUGCCCCGGCACCUCGCAGUGAUGUGUAUGAAGUGCCCAGCUCCGGCGAGUCUGAGUCUGAGUCCGAGUCCGAGUCCGACUCCAGCAGUGACGAUGAUAGCGAGAGUGACAGUGAGGCGGGCGACAUUAUGCCUGACGGCCAGUCCAUCAAACUCCCCAAGCCCGGACUUAGCGGUCCAAUUAAGAUGCACGUUUUGCUUUUAAAGAUAUCCUAUUGUUUGCAUGCAUACGAUGCCUUGCUUUGUUAG